AUGCUCUCUAUGGGAUCUUUCAUAAGGUUCUUAGAACACGUUUUCACUUUCUCACGGCGAAGAUUACAGGCAUAUCUUCGUGCUAUUGUUGUGUGUAUCUUUGUUGUUCUGUUCUGGCUCAACUUUCCUUUGCUCGCCCGUUUGGAGAAGCGGAUAGCGAGACAUGAUCGCGCUAUUGUACCACCUGGUCCAGACUAUAGACAUCUCCCUGGAGCCAACGAAACACUGGUAAUCAUGAGGACUGGCUCAACGGAACUGCAAGACAGAUUACCUAUUCACCUGGCCACGACAUUGCUUCGCUAUCCCGAUAGCAUUAUCUUCUCCGAUUACGAAGAAGAGUUUCAAGAUCGCCACAUCCUCGACGCUUUGGAGGGUGUAAGCCCGUAUCUUAAAGAGACAAGUCCGGAUUUCGACCUUUGGCGACGAUUGAAGCAGUACGGUAGAACAAUACUGAGGUCAGACGAACUGAGCGGGAAAGCCAUUUGGCUUGAUGGUGGUGCUGGAAAAGCCAAGAACCCUGGCUGGUAUGAUGUUAAACUCUACAUGUUGGGCAGAGAACUGACAAUCUUGUCUAGGAAGCUGGACAAGUUCAAAUUCCUUCCAAUGGUCGAACGGACGCUGCAUGAAUAUCCGGAUAAGAAAUGGUAUGUUUUCGUCGAGUCCGAUACCUUCAUAUUCUGGCAAACUCUGCUGGUCUACCUGUCCAAUCUCGACUGGACCAAACCCUAUUAUCUUGGAGGCCAGAUCAGUAUCGGCAGUAUAGAAUUUGGUCAAGGAGGUAAUGGAUACAUUGUCUCCCGUCCUGCUCUUCGAAACAUGGUCUCUCACUACCAAGCUCAUCAAAAAGAAUACGAAGACUUUACCGAAGGUCAUUGGGCUGGAGAUUGUGUACUUGGUAAAGCCCUCAAAGACUCUGGUACUUCGUUGACUCGCGCCUGGCCCAUAUUCCAAGGCGAUGAUGUCGGAAACAUGAAUUAUAAUCACAAGACGCAGUGGUGCCAGCCUACUGUCUCGUAUCAUCAUGUCUCGCCAUCAGCCAUACAAGAUCUGUACGACUUUGAAAAAGCAUGGAUGGCAGACACAAGUAAUAAUACCAGUAGUUACCUACGUCACAGAGACAUUUUCAGACUCUAUGCUCUACCGCGAAUGGUUUCUCCACACAUUGAUUGGGAUAACCAUAGCAGCGACGACCGAGGCCUCGCAGAAUCUCUUGAAAACUGUAGGGAGCUAUGCGAAGCAGAUGAUCGUUGCCUGCAGUAUGCGUUGACUGCCGAGAGCAGAUGUCUCACGACCUCUCGACCUAAUGUAGGACAAUCGGCUACGCAUAUCUCAUCCGGCUGGAUAUUCGAGAGGGUGCAGAAGUUCUACGAUGUAGCAGAAGAAUGUCAUGGUGGAGAGUGGAUUUCAUAA